AUGGCAAUUGAUGAAACACCAAUACAAAAAAAUGUCCAUUCUAAAACGGAUUUUCUCCGUACGAUUACACUUCCGCUUCGUAGACAACGUAUUGAACGUUGGGUAAAUAAAGGUCGGUAUACUUCAACAAGAAAAGAUGAAGAACUACGAUCAUCAACUACUCUACGGACAUCAUCAAGACCAAACCGAUCGGAGAUAGCACUAUUACAAGCUGAUCGUCGGCUUAAUAUACAAUUAUUUCAAUUAGGUAAACAACGACAAAAAUUUAUAGACAGAAGAAAUUACGAUCAAAAAUUAUUUGCGACUAAACAAGUUUUACGUCAUAAAGAUAAUCAAGCUAUACAUGAUACAUUAAAUUAUGUUCGAAAAUGUUGUAAAAAUUCGGAUCUAUACGAAAAUGAUAAUGAUCAUUCAGCAGUAGUUUCAAAAGGCAAUGAUACAACUAAAACAGUCCGUUCUCGAUAUAUGGAACACACAGUUGCUAAUCCAUCCCCGUCAGUUACAAAACCAACGGAAAUGCCACAUGAUGAAAAAAAGGAUAAUCUUCAUAUUAGCACAAAACUUGUUAGUCAAUCUGCUCAUGUAUCAAACAAAUCUCGGCCACCGGUUUACAACGAGCGACCAAAUCGGAAUAUUAAAUCAGGCAAUGAAAUGCGAUUAUACGAAGAUUGCACAACGAAUUCAUCUACUCCGGUAUCAAUUGUCGAACAUAGGAAAGAGCAGAGUAAACCCUCAUUAAAAUUGAAAAGUCAAAAUUCGAAAUUGUUCAUAACGAAAAGUUCGGUUCAAAAAUUUCACCAAUAUCCCGAGCGAUUUCUCAGCAAAUCAAAUCGUUAUCUUCCAUUACUUCGUCAUCAAGUUCUAAUAAUUGAAUCACAUGAAUAUCAUCUGAAACAAAUAAACGAACGCACAAAAUCUUCACCACCUGUAUCACGUUUCUCCAGUGAAUCAUAUUUAACAGAUGAUGAGCAAACACCCUCUAGCGAACAAACAGAAGAUACAAGAAAAUCUAAACUGAAUCCACAUACGACCAAUUGGAUUAGUCACGAUCAAAAAACUAAAAAAGAAGAAAUACAUACACUAGGUCGUCUUGAUUUAUCGGACCCGAUCACGAAUGAAAAUCAAGAACGUAAAUUAGCCCUAUCGAAUCUUCGCGAUCAUGAAUAUGCUCGUCUGCAAGCAUUGAUUCAUUCUAAUCGUAUCGAACAUAUUCUUACGCCGUUUUCGUCAGUGAAAACUUUUGAAACUGGCUUACCACAAUCGGUGAGUCGUCGUGGUAAUUUAAAUUCAAUCGAUUCUGUACUCUAUUCGAAAAUCCACAAUGAUAAAUAUGAACGAAAACCAGUGGAUAUCAAUAAAAAUCUAUCAAAAUUAGGUGAAGAUAAUAAACUGAAUAGAAGGCGUUCAUAUGAAGUUCAAAAUGAAGCCGCUCUACUUAAUAAUAUUCGUACAAAUUCAGUUCCGAUGAUAUUAGUUAAAGAUCGUAUGGUCGAAGAAGAAGAAAAUUCAAAAAAAGAAAAUAACAUAAUACUCACUGAAGUUACCACAGUAACUAAAUCAAGUCAACCGCAAGGCGAAGUUCGUGAACAAUGGAGUGAGAAACUUGAUUUUCUUUUGUCGAUUAUUGGCUUUGCUGUUGAUCUCGCUAAUAUAUGGCGUUUUCCGUAUCUAUGCUAUAAAAAUGGAGGAGGUGCGUUUCUUAUUCCGUACGUUCUUUCAGUUAUACUCGGUGGAAUGCCUUUAUUCUAUUUGGAACUUUUACUUGGUCAAUAUUAUCGUCAAGGUUCAAUAACGUGUUGGAAAAAAAUUUGUCCAUUAUUAGCCGGAAUUGGAUGGGCUGUAACUAUUAUUGCAUUCUAUACGGAUUUUUACUAUAAUGUCGUCAUAUCAUGGGGUUUAUAUUAUUUAUUUGCUUCAUUGAAACGGUAUUUACCGUGGAGUGAAUGCAAUCAUUCAUGGAAUACGAAAGAUUGUUUUACUGUUAAUAUACGUCGAAAUUUUUUAGAGAACUGCAUGAAUCGAACAAAUAAUACGUUGAGUUCAUCGACACGUUUAUUAGAUCGAAGUUCUUUAUAUGAGAAUUGUUCAGAAGAGUUAACACGUUCAAGAAUUGUAUCGCCGGCACAAGAAUAUUUCCAUUUACAAGUUUAUCGACUUCAACCAGAACGUAAUCUUAGUUUAGGAAAUUUAGGACAUAUCAAUUAUGAAAAUCUAGCUUGUUUGGCUAUUAUUUAUCUAAUUUGCUAUUUUUCAAUGUGGAAAGGCAUUAAAACAUCUGGAAAAGUUGUUUGGUUUACUGCAUUAUUUCCUUAUGUUGUUUUAACAAUAUUAAUGAUACGUGGCUUAUUUUUAGAAGGUGCAAUGAAAGGUAUUCAAUAUUAUAUUCGACCUGAUUUAAGUAAAUUAACUGAUGCAUCCGUGUGGGUUGAUGCUGCAUCGCAAACAUUUUUCUCGUUGGGACCUGGUUUUGGUGUAUUGAUGGCAUUUGCAAGUUAUAAUGAUUUUCAUCAUAAUGUUUAUCGAGAUGCCAUGAUUACGGUUGCGGUCAAUAGUUUAACAAGUUUUGCGAGUGGAUUCGUCAUUUUUAUGUUUUUGGGUUACAUGAGUGAAAUAUCAGGUCGAGACAUAAAAGAUGUUGCCGAACAAGGUUCAACACUUGUCUUUAUUGUCUAUCCGGAAGCUAUAGCAACAAUGCCAUGGGCGCCUGUUUGGGCUGUAUUCUUCUUUCUAAUGUUGUUAACACUUGGCUUAGAUUCAUCGUUUGGUGGAAGCGAAGCAAUAAUAACAGCAUUAAGUGAUGUAUUUCCCGUUUUGCGUCAACAUCGAGAAUGGUUUGUUGGAAUUUUAUUUUCACUUUACUUUGUUAUUGGUAUACCGAGUUGUACAGAUGCAGGCGUUUAUUUUGUUGAAUUAUUACAAAAUUACGCUGCUUUUUAUUCGAUAAUUAUUGCUGUGCUUUUCGAAGCAAUAGCCGUAUCGUGGCUCUACGGUAUUGAACGAAUUAGUGAAGAUGUCAAAGAAAUGCUUGGAACUAAACCAGGAAAAUUUUGGAUUAUAACAUGGUGUCUAAUUGCACCAUUAUUUCUCGGCGGUAUUGUUCUUUCUGGUCUUAUUCAACAUGUUCAUCCAAAUUAUGGAAAAGUAACUGAUCCAUUCUAUUACGAGUAUCCUGAUUGGAGUCAUUUAGUCGGCUGGGGAUUCGCCUUGUCCUCAGUAAUCUUCAUUCCAAUUGUUGCCAUUUAUCAACUAUUAAUUGAACGUGGAAGUUUAGCAACAAGAUUUCGUUUGGCAAUAACUCCAUGGAAAGAACGUCAAAAACAUAUCAAUCCCGAUAUUAUCAUUAAAUUUUGUCAAACAAAUGAUUGUCGGGGUGGCGAUUGUGAAAUCAUAAGUCUUCCUAAUGGAUUAACAAAGAAAACUUGCCACUGUAUUCAAGGUGUAUGUGGUGAAACAUGCCAGCGUUUAUGUAAUGCAACGUCGAAAUGUGAUGCUCAUCCAUGUUGGUUCGGUGGUACUUGCGUUGAUGUUGCCAAUUUAGAUUAUGUUUGUCUAUGUCCGCCGAAUCAUACUGGCAAAGAUUGUCGAACACUACUUUCUUGUCAAACUGACAGUUGUCAUAAUGAUGGAACCUGUAUUCAAACUCCUAACGGUGCUCGAUGUAAUUGUCCGAAAAACUUCCGUGGUGACUAUUGUCAGUAUACAACAGCAGCAAAAGUCAACAAGAAAGCUCCGCCUACCCAAAGCCGACCGCAAAAUAAUCAAGAUAUAAUAGCAGCUAUUGCUGCUAUAAGUUCAUCGAAUACGAACAAUGCUCCUGUUAUUCAACGAACUAAUAGUUUUGUUGUGACCAUGGGUGAUCAUGCGAAAUUUGUGUUUUGUUUAACAAAUCCGUGUGAAAACGAGGGAACAUGCUUUGUAACCAAUACAGCAACGACAAAAGGUAUUUGUGUUUGCCGGGAAGGAUUUAUUGGCGAUUAUUGUGAACAUUUACAUAAUAAGACAUCAACCGAGGUUCAAGGAUAUAGAAGCUAUUGUUCGUCAGGUCCCUGUCUGAACGACGGUGUAUGUAUUGAAGACGGAAAAUCUAAUGGUUAUUGUCGAUGUCAACCUGAAUUUCGUGGUACUUAUUGUGAAGUCGUUAUACGAACAUAUUCAUGUAAUCCAAAUCCUUGUAAAAAUGGCGGAACCUGUGUUUUAUUAGAAAAUAAUCAAGCUAAAUGUCUAUGUACAUCAGUAUUUCGCGGUGUAACCUGUAGUCAAUUUAGUUAUUUACCUUGCGGAGAUGCUACUUGUCAUGGUACCCAGGGUGUAUGUGCGGCGAACAAAUGUGUUUGCAAAACGGGUUUUGCUGGACCAAGAUGUGAUUCAACUGAUUUCUGUUCAGCUUAUCCUUGUCUUAAUGGAGGUACAUGUGUUCGAACCAACGAGGAACCUUUUGGCGGUUGUAGUUGUCUACGUGAAUUCUCAGGUCCAACUUGUAGUAAUGAUCCGUGCAGUCCAUCGCCAUGUUUAAAUGGUGGUUAUUGUGUAAGAAAACCUGACAAUCAAUUCUACUGUCAAUGUCGUAAUAGAAAUAGGGGUGUCUACUGUGAACAACAAGAAUGUUUUCCGUCAGAUGCCACUGUUGAUCUUAUUAAUGUUGGUAAAGUUAAAUUAUCUGCAUUGAAAAUUGGUGAUCAAGUACGAGUCAUUGAUGAUGAAAAUCAAAUUAUUUAUUCGCCAAUUAUUUCAUUUCUUCAUCGUGAACUCGACGAAGAAGCUUCCUAUAGACGUAUUCGUACUAAAACCGCUGUUAUUGAAUUAUCCGAUCGUCAUUUAAUUAAUCAACGUAAUAAUGGUUUUGUUUGGGCUGAAAGCUUAGCGAAAGGUGAUGAAAUACUUGUUCUGUCGGCGAAAAGUUCAAAUAAGACAAUAUGGGAAAAAAUUAUUGAAAUCACCGAAGUUGAUAAACAAGGCCUUAUGGCUCCAUUAACUGAACAAGGAACAAUUAUUGUUAACAAUGUUCAUGUUUCAUGCUAUGCUCUUGUUCGAUCUCAUGCACUUGGUCAUAUCGCAUUAACACCUUAUCGGUGGUACGUUCGGAUAUUUGGACUGCCGUCAGAUAAUAAUACAACACCGAUACUCGGCUAUGCCAAUACGCUUCUUCAGUUUUUCAAGAAUUUACCUAUUGCAAGAGACAUUAUUUUUUAA